UCUAGCUUAUUCCUCAUAAAUAGCCUACUUGUGGUUUCAUGUAAUGAAAGCUUAGUAAUCUUAAUUUCCAACGGAAAAAUUAUGAAGUGGGGAUGCUUUUGUUAUUGCAGUCCUGUCGACGAGGAUAAAGAACAACCCUCCGUUAUCAAGGUGAGCAACAGUACAAAAGAGCAUCAAUGGGAGGUUUACUCUCUUAAGGAGCUAUUACAAGCUACAAACAAUUUUCACGAAGAUCAUAAAAUCGGCGAGGGAGGUUUCGGAAGUGUUUAUUGGGGUAGAACAAGCAAAGGUGACGAGAUUGCGGUGAAACGACUAAAGGCCGUGACAAUGAAGGCAGAAAUGGAAUUUGCAGUUGAAGUGGAAAUACUUGGAAGGGUCAGACACAAGAAUUUGUUGGGUUUAAGAGGAUUUUAUGUUGGAGGUGACGAAAGGCUUAUAGUUUAUAAUUUCAUGCCAAAUCAUAGCUUAAUCACUCAUUUGCACGGUCAUCUUGCAGCCGAUGUGUUAUUGGAUUGGCCUAGAAGAAUGAACAUCGUGCUCGGAUCCGCAGAGGGAUUAGUGUAUUUGCAUCAUGAGGCCAACCCGCACAUAAUACAUAGGGAUAUCAAGGCAAGUAAUGUGCUACUUGAUGCCAAAUUUGAAGCAAAAGUAGCUGAUUUCGGGUUCGCGAAACUAAUCCCCGAAGGCGUAAGUCAUGUGACAACCAGAGUAAAAGGUACGUUGGGAUACUUAGCUCCUGAAUAUGCAAUGUGGGGAAAAGUAUCAGAAAGUUGUGAUGUUUAUAGUUUUGGAAUUCUACUUCUUGAAAUCAUUAGUGGUAAAAAGCCUCUUGAGAAACUCCCCGGCGGGAUAAAGCGUGAUAUCAUCCAAUGGGUUACUCCUUAUGUUGAAAAAGCAAAUUACAAUGACAUUGUUGAUCCAAGGUUAAAGGGUAACUUUAAUAAAGAAGAACUGAAGAAUGCAGUUGAGAUUGCUCUUCGUUGUACGGCUAAACCGGAGAAGCGGCCAAGUAUGAUUGAAGUUGUUGAUCGGUUAAAGAACGGUAUUAUUAGUACUCAUAAGAAAGAAGUUAUGCAAGUAAAAGAUUGUCUGGAUGUCAGUGAAGAUCAGUACACAAUUGAAGAUUAUGAAGAUGAAGAGGAGGAUGAGGAUACUGAUUAUGAAAGAUUUCAAUCAAGAGCUAAAAGAAAUUGGGAUGAACUGAAAAUUAGAUAUUGAUAUGCGGAUUUGGGUGCCUUUGUAUUGUACGUAUAUAUAAUUAUAACAAGAACAAACACUUGUGUGUAACAAAGUAUGUGCUGUAAUGUAGAUGGCCCUGGUUUGAACU